AUGGAUGAUGUUCUAUCAGGAGCAGAAGAUUUAGAAAAAACUAAAGAACUGCAAAAUCAGUUAGUGAAUCUCUUAAGUCAAGGGGGCAUGAAGCUUCAUAUAUGGUUCACUAAUCACAGAGAAUUGCUGCUUAAUGUUAAUACUAAGACUGAAGAUUAUUCGUUUUCCAAUGAAAUAAAAAAUGAAACGACGGUUUUAGGUAUUUUAUGGAAUCCAGAUUCAGAUGCUUUCACAUUCAACGUAACUACAAAUUUUCAUGAUUACUAUACUAAGAGACAUAUUUUAUCAGCUAUUACUCGAAUAUUUGAUCCACUCGGUUUAAUUGGACCAGUUAUUACGAAAGCCAAAAUUUUUAUGCAGAAGCUUUGGCUUCUAAAAAUUGGCUGGAAUGAUGUGCUUCCCGAAACGGAAUCUCACGAGUGGAAGAAUUUUAUCACGUCGAUGCCUAAAAUUAAUGGUGUAAUUAUUAAUCGAAAAAUUUUGUCUAGCAAUGCUGUUAAAAUUGAAAUGCAUGGAUUUUCUGAUGCUUCAGAAUUAGCUUAUGGAGCAUGCAUUUAUGUCAAAUGUAUAUUGCAAUCGGGUUCCAGUUCAGUAGUUCUUUUGUGCAGUAAAUCAAGAGUCGCGCCAUUAAAAUCAGUUUCUAUCCCAAGACUUGAACUCUGUGGUGCAGUGUUACUAUCGCAGUUAAUGGAUAAGGUGUGA